CAGCAAAAAACAAUUCAAGUGCAAGUGUUUCGAAAGCAAUGUUCUCCAAAGUAUUCGCGGCAGUUCUCGUUGCUGUGGCAAUUUUGCAUCAGGCUGCAUCAGCCAGCGUGCCGGAUUCGCCGGACUCGCCUGACAUACCAGACACACCGGAGGCACGGGAAGCGCCAAAUUCAUUAGAUGCCCCAUUAGAGCCUGCUGCAGAGAUCGAAGGACGUGCUACCAAUUUUCUUGGUGUGAGAAACUGGAAUGAAAACGCAAUCGAUAAAAGAUACAGCGUUAGUGAUUUACCAGCACUGGCCUUUGCUUUGGACAAUAUCUACAAUGGCAAUUUUGAGUCCUUUAAGAAGAUGGUCAACCUGCAUUUGUAUUUGUUCAAAAAAUUUGACGAUAACGGCGAUGUGAAUGACAAAUAUACCUUCAAUGUGGCAUAUUAUUUUUCAAAAAUUAAAAAUAACGGCUUUUAUUCGAGUUUAACCAACUCCGUGAAGAGAACCCUGAAUAAUUAUAUCAGUUAUUUGCCACCCUCGCUCGACUUCUUAUUCUUUCAAUCAUCUUUCUGCCUAAUGAACCGUAAGUACUUGACCUACAGCUUUGCCUCAGAUAUGCAUAUCGAUCAACAGCGCGACUAUGUUUUCGUUUGGAAUAAUAAUAAUAACCAAAAAGUCGCUUGGACGAAAGAAUUGAGCGACGUGUCAAAUAAUCGACAGACGAAAUUGAAAUUCUCACUGAAAAAUCUGAAGACUAGACGUUACGCAUAUUUGGAACGCAACAGCUACGCUGGUAAAACAAAUCUACUGACAGUUUGGCGUUCCAGCAAUGGAAAACCCUCCCAUGCCGAUUGGACUGUCUCACUCUACCAAAACCAGCUGAUAUUUAGCCAGAGUGGACGCGUCAUUUGCGCAAGUACUUCGCUUUACGAUCAGAGCAGACGCUAUGUUUAUGGAAUGGAUAAAAAUGGAGAGGAUGUACCAGCGUGCCAAUGGUAUGCCAAGGAAUGCCCAUAAGGGGAUUGCCAAUGAUGGAGAAAGUUACAUACAAACAUUUUUAUGAUGAAAGGAAGCUGAGUCAAUUUUAUCAACGUAUUUCGCUUAAAAAUAAAUACGCUAAAAUGUAUGCUUUAGUUUCAUCCUUACAAAGAAUUGGUCAAUAAAAUUAGAGUUCGUCAAUUAUUCACUGUUA